AUGAAAGUAAAGGCUACAAAACUAAGGAUAAAACAACGAAGGAAAAAUAAGGGGCUCAAUAUAAGCAGAUUAGAUAUUAUCAGAGCAGAAAUGGAUGUGGUACCAUCUCCGGGUUUACCAGAAAAAGUAAACGAAAAAAGCAAAAAUAUUCCCUUACCUGAAGGAAUUAACCUUUUAUCAUCAAAGGAGAUAAUCGAUCUAAUUCAAACCCACAGACACCAAUUAGAGUUAUACGUCACAAAAUUCAAUCCCUUAACGGACUUUGCUGGAAAGAUUCAUGCAUUCAGAGAUCAAUUUAAACAAUUGGAAGAAAAUUUUGAAGAUUUACAUGAGCAAAAAGAUAAGGUCCAAGCCUUAUUAGAAAACUGUAGGAUUUUAGAAUCCAAAUAUGUAGCUAGCUGGCAAGAUUACCAUUCCGAAUUUUCAAAAAAAUAUGGUGACAUAGCAUUAAAAAAGAAAUUAGAACAAAACACAAAGAAACUUGAUGAGGAGAGUUCACAGCUAGAAACUACCACAAGGUCCAUUGACUCAGCCGAUGACCUGGAUCAGUUCAUCAAAAAUUAUCUGGACAUACGAACACAAUAUCACUUGAGGAGAGAGAAACUGGCGACCUGGGAUAAACAAGGUAAUUUGAAAUACUAG